UGGCGGUCGCGCGAGAAAGCAAUGCUGCUUCGCGCGCCAUAUCGUCCCUUAAACCCUACUUCUCUCACCAUCCGCUUCCUUGUUUCGUCCGAUGGAGGAAACCGACGAAUUCGUCCGAGAGUUGGAGCUCCGGCUGCUCCGAUGUUCUCUUCCUCCGUCCCGCCGUCCUCCUAGCCCUUAUGCUUCCCGCACGAACCCCGCAGGAUCGCUGGGCUGUCUGGUCGAAGAGCUUGUCUCCUUGAUCGAGAAGGGAAGCUAUGCCGAAGCUCUUUCUUCCGACGCCGCGCGGAUUGUGUUGGACUUCGCCGAUGGUUGGCAGUUCGAAAAUGCUAAGGCAUGCGCCGAUCAGUUUUACGCCCAAGUAGAGCAGAGUGCCGAGAAAUUUCUGAAAGUUGGUGCAGAGGAUCGUCAGUCCAGUGAGCCGAGCAUGGAUGGCGAGUCGGACGCGUUGGUCAGGGGGGUCCUAGUUAUGGCGAUUGCCGUGGCUGCUUUUUUGGCAUUCACACAGUGUAACUUGACCGGCCCUCCGUCGGAAAGUUAUCAUUCGGUUCCCCUGUGGUUUCGGCUACCGAAAGAGAAUAGUAUGUCUGAGUGGGAUCUGUGGGCUCGCCAGCAACUCUUCUGCGAUGGGUCCGAUUUACUUGGGAAGUUAUUUAUUCUACAGUACUUGGUUUACGCCAAGCGUUUGUUGGUAAAAGUGAACGAUUCCUCAUCAGACGGCGGGAGUGUAUGUUUUAACAAAAUUAGGAGCAAUUCUUGGUGGUUAUUGAGGCUUUUGGUACUUCACCAAAGGAUAUUAGAGGAGCGGUCUCCCUCAUUAUGCAAUGCAUUGCAAGCGUUAAUACAGGUCAUUUUACAUGACUUUGGCGAUAUCAGUAGUGUUGAUAACUAUUUUAGAAAUAAAUUAUGUGAAGGUGAAGCAUCAACGAUCACAUCAGCAGCACAUUUAGAGGCUGGCAUAAUAGAGCAUAUUUAUGGUCGUAUUGACAAUUCCAGAAAGCAUUUCCAAAGUGCUGAAGAAUCAUGCGGACUGCAGCUUUCAGUUACUGGACUUCUUGGUUUCCGUACUAUUCACCAGGUGGAAGCAAAGGCUCAGAUGGUUCUUGUGUCAACAUCAGAUAGAGGUGACAGUGCGGCUCCUGGUGGCUCCAUAGUCCCAGUCGAUGAAUCUGAUGGAGAUUUAGUUGCACAUUCUCAAACUGAUUACGAGGAUUGUGAUAUAUUACUGGCUCCAAGAUUAGUAGGCAAUGUUGAUGAUGCUGGAAAUAACGUCAAGUCCCCACAGGAUGCCAGUUCUGCUGUGUUGACUUUAAAUACUACCCAACAGUGUGUGGCUUUGGCACAGUGCCUUAUUAUUAAAAGAACCACGCCUGAUGAUGACAUGCAGAAGUGGCAGAUGGCUCCUUUCAUAGAAGCUGUUGAUGCACAGAGAUUGUCGCACUUUAUUGUGCGAUUCUGCUGUCAUAUUCAGCGCAUUCGUUGGGAGUUUACUCGUAGCCGUACAAAGCAGCGGGCCUUGAUUAUGAUGGAGAACUUGGUUAACAAGGUUUGUGAAGCUUGUCCUUCAGCUGCACAGAGGAUCAAGUUCUCAUUUGGGGUUAGCAUCCCUAUUAUACCAGCAUUGCGGAAAGAGUAUGGUGAACUUUUAGUAUCAUGUGGUCUGGUUGGUGAGGCACUUUCAAUUUUUGAAGAUUUAGAACUAUGGGACAAUCUCAUUAAUUGCUACUGCUUACUACAAAAGAAGGCAGCAGCUGUAGAUCUUAUCAAUUCAAGGUUAUGUGAUAGACCUGAUGACCCUAAGUUAUGGUGUUCCUUAGGUGAUGUUACAAAUAAUGAUGAGAAUUAUGUGAAGGCAUUGGAAGUUUCAAAUGGAAAAUCAGCUCGGGCAUUGAGGUCCCUGGCUCGGAGUGCAUACAGUAGAGAAGACUAUGAGGUGGCUGAAAAACAUUGGGAAGCUGCUUUGGCAUUGAAUCCUUUAUUCCCAGAUGGCUGGUUUGCUUUUGGCUCUGCUGCAUUAAAGGCUCGGGAUUUUGACAAGGCAAUAGAUGGAUUUACUCGUGCUGUGCAACUUGAUCCAGAGAAUGGGGAGGCUUGGAAUAAUCUUGCUUGCAUACACAUGAUCAAGAAAAGGAGCAAAGAAGCCUUCAUUGCAUUCAAGGAAGGAUUGAAGUUCAGGCGAUCAAGCUGGCAGAUGUGGGAAAACUAUGGUCAAGUAGCAAUGGACAUAGGCAAUGUCAGUCAGGCACUAGAAGCUGUAAAAAUGACAUUUGAAUUGAGUAACAAUAAGCGAGUAGAUGUUGUAUUACUGGAGAGGGUGAUCAUAGAGAUGGAAGGAAGAUCAAACAGCAUGACUGAUAAGCAAAAUGCCCAAUUAAUGGACUUCCUGGGAAACAUUCUGCACCAGAUUGCGAAGAGUGGAAAAGGAGAAGGUAUAUGGGGGUUGUAUGCUAGGUGGCAUAAACUAAGAGGGGACCUCACUAUGUGUUCUGAAGCACUUUUAAAGCAAGUCAGAGCAUAUCAGGGUUCUGAUCUUUGGCAUAACGAGGAACGCUUCAAGAAGUUUGCAAGUGCCUCUUUGCAGCUUUGUCAGAUUUGGAUUGAGAUUGCAUCAACUACAGGAAGCAGUCGUGAAAUCAAUUCAGCGAAGAUGCAUUUGAGAAAUGCAAUUAAGCAAGCAGUGGACUUUUCAGCUACUAAGGAAUAUGGAGAUCUCCAAGCUUGUAAUAUUCAAGUGGAGCAGCUGUUAAAUUCGGGUCUGUUUAAACAUCCUAAUAUGAAAUGUUUUUAGUUGUGCUAUUUAUGCAGCUCUUUUUGUUUGCUUCGGCCUAUUUUUUAUAAUGUAAAAUUGAGUAUGUAACUUACGGUGGUAGAGGAAAAGCUUUUUUCUUUUCUCCUGUAUUA